AUGGCGGAUGAGCAGUUCGGUGUUGUUCCUCCGGUGGGAAAUGUUACAGGGAAGACACAUGUUUGGGGUUAUUCCGACAUUAUUCUGGCCUCAUGUGUCGCUUCCAAUGGCCGGCCUGCAGCAGAGGUGUUUUGGAGAUUAGGAGCUCUGAAUGACUCACUGAGGACAGAAACCAGCUACACAGAGCACACAGACGGAAGCGUCACAUCUGUGUCCCACACACUUGGUGCACCAUCUAAAGAUUUAAACCAGAAGAAGAUCCAGUGUGUGAUAAAACACAGCACACUGACAAAGGAGCUAGAACUUGACUACAUAAUAAAUGUCCACUAUCCUCCUGACUUGGUGGUGAUAUCUCCUGAUGAUCCAACACAGACUCAAGAAUAUCUUUGUUCAGUGGAUUGUAACCCAGCACCAACCAGCUACAUCUGGAUCAAAGUGAAUGGAAGUACUCCUCGUUCUGAAGGAAACAAGCUUUUCAUCCCAAAAUCCUCUUCUGAUUCUAAUGGUGUAUACAACUGUACAGCAUCAAACCAAUAUGGAAGUGCUUCAUGUUUCCUCUAUGUGAAUAACACUGUUGAGUCGCUUAAUAAUCUUUAUAUUUUACAAUUAUUUUAA